GGUGUCCUUGUUUAUAACACAAAAACCAAUAUUUAGCCGCUUCCAAAUAAAUAUCAAACCAAACCGAUCAAACCCAAUUGGGGAAAACCAAAAAAAAAAAAAAAAACGCUAAAACUCGAGCAGGCCAAACCCAGCAGCAUCGGCUUCAUUCAGCUCAGGUGGAAACACUCAUAUGGAAAUUAGGGUUUUGGGUUUUGGAUUGGAGAUCUUGUUUUCUGGCAUCUGGGUUUUGCUGGGGAAUUCAAGGUUUCAAUGAGGAUCUGAGUUUGGUAAAUUAUUGGAAGUGGAGGGGAAAAAGAUGAUGCCGAAUCAAAGCUAUUCUCGGAUCGACACUUUGGAGCUGAAGGAUCUGAUUAUACAGAAGAUUGGGCAUCAGAGAGCUGAGAAAUACUUUGAUAUGAUCAGGAGAUUGUUUAGUUCCCAGAUUAGCAAGUGUGAAUUCGACAAGUUUUGCAAUCGGAGUAUUGGGAGGGAAAACAUCCAUCUACAUAACCGGCUUAUAAAGUCGAUUAUCAAGAAUGCCUGCCUUGCAAAAGCUCCACCCUUGAGAGGAGUUAGGAAAGCGGGAAGUACCCUUAAUGCUAAAGUUGAAAAUGGGUAUCCUGGGAGCUGUCUUCAAUCGAUUUAUGGGGAUGCAUUUCCUAAAUCCCCUCGCAAGGUCCGCUCUCCACUUAAUCGAGACCACCGAAAGUUUCGGGAUCGUCCAAUUCCUUUGGUGCCAAAUGGAAAGCCCCAAAAUAUGGCUUCCGAAGAACCAAGUUCCAAAGCACAAGAGCAGCAUGAAUUGCUUUCUCUUGGCAGCAGGCCUCCAGUUGAAGUUGCAUCAGUGGAAGAUGGAGAAGAGGUUGAACAGGAUGCAGGAAGUCCGGGUAUUCAAAGUCGAAGUCCUGUAACAGCUCCUCUUGGUAUAUCUAUGAAUUUGGGCGGAUCACGCAAAUCUGUUCAUAAUGUAUCAGUCUGUGGUGCAUACCGCCCUGAGACCUGUCAAAGCAGUGGUGAGCUACCUGAUACAAGAUCAUUAAGAGGUCGUUUGCAGCAGAAGUUGGAGAUGGAGGGUAUGACUGUUUCUGUUGACUGUCUUAACCUCUUGAAUAACGGAUUAGAUGCUUAUCUGAAGAGGUUAAUUGAACCUUGUGUUCGGUUAGCUGGGAGUAGGCAUGAAAAAGAGCAUCCCAAACAACCAAAUAGUCUGUACAUACAUGGUUCAAAUGGGAUGUCUGGUCAGGGAGAUAUGCAAAGGGAAGCAAAAUAUGCUACCAUGGUAGACUUUCGUGCAGCAAUGGAGUUAAAUCCCCAAAUACUUGGUGAAGAUUGGGCCACACAGCUUGAGAAGAUUUCUUUGCGAGCUUCUGAAGAGUGAACAGCCUUAUACACACAAUUAGCCGUUGAUGAGAUCAUGAAACAUGAAAUUACACCCUCAAUUAUUCAUGGUUCAGUGUUUUGAGCCAAUUCUUUAACCUUACAUGGAAUUUUAGUUCCUAGCUCUUACUGAGUUUUGAAGUAUUGCAAUAUGAAAUAAGUUUUAGAUUAUUUGGGAAGUCUUAGAUAAAGUUCAGUAGGUUGCAUUUAGAUAUAGGCUUGAUAAUUGUUAUGGAGGAGGCAUGUUAAUAUAUUGAAAUGUAAACUUUUUGAUACAAGAAAGAGAUUGUUAGUGUUUGAAGAUUUUGACAC